AUGAUAGCUGCGUUCUUUAUUUUCAAUAGAAAAGGGGAAGUUCUUAUAUCAAGAAUAUUCAGGGAAGGGGUUCGCCGAAAUGUUAGUGAGGUUUUCCGAAUACAAGUAAUUUCAAAACUUUCAGACAUAAAGUCACCCGUGCUAACAUUGGGCUCUACAUCAUUUCUACAUAUCCGGCAUGGACCUUUAUGGUUUGUGGCCGUUACUAGAGAUAAUGCUGAUGCAUCAGUUGUUUUGGAAUUUUUGUAUAAUUUUGUCGAAACUUUGCAAAUAACUUUUCUCAAUGAUAGAAAUAGAGUUCUUACUGAUGUUGAUGUGAUGAAUAAUUUCUUGGCAACAUAUGAAAUACUAGAUCGAAUAAUAAAUUAUGGCUAUGUUCAAGAUUGGGAUAAAAAUACACUUCAACAUACGCUUCGUUCAGGGAUAGUCAAGGGUAAAGGACUUAAGCCGAAGGUCUCCCACAAAAUGAAAACAGAAACUCAUAAGGUUUCGAAUGCUGGUGCUGAAUUAAUUAGAAAUGGAACAAUGCUUCUUUCUAGAGCGAACAGUACAAUGAAGAGAAAAUCCAGCAUAUUGGUUUCAUCAUCAAAUAGAUUAAAUUCGUUUGGUAAUGGAUCACAACAGAAGUUGUCGUUGUCAAGGAGCAAAAAGAGUAAAAUAUCAUUAUCCGUUCACGAAGAUGUCAACUUACUAAUGUCUCAUGAUGGGGCAAUUAUUAGGGCCUUUGUUGAAGGAUCGAUACAUGCGGAUACGGAUUUUACCAAUUCACCCAUCUGCUCGUUUAGAUUGAUCAAACGGAAGAAUAAGGUUGUUGGAAAAUAUAGAAAACCCAAUAAUGAGGAUGCUGCAUUUCUUUCGGAUGGUUACGAUAAUAUCAUAGAUAGUGACGAAGAAGAACAGACCGAAGAGGAUGAUACAGAAAUAAGUACAAUUGGCGAACAAUCUGAAAAUAAAGAUGAUUACGAUACCGUGGAAGCGGAAUUUAAUGCGGAUGGGCGGAUAUCUGAACACGAAACGAGUAGUGGUGCUAAAGGAAUGCUCAAAGAUUGUAAUUUCAACAAUUGUGUAAGUCUUCAGGAUUUUGACAUAGAAGGCAUCAUAAGAUUUACUCCGGUAAGUGCCCAGUUUGAGGUUAUGAAGUAUCGAACGGAUAUCACUAAUCUUCCAUUCAUGGUGUAUUCAAAUAUCGCAAGCGUUGGUGCAAACAAAUUCAAAUAUGUCGUUAGGCUGAAAUCGCACUACUCGAAGAACAAUAUCGCUACGGACGUUUUUUUUAAAAAUUCCAACACCUCCGAAUUCUUUAGAUGCAGAGAUAACGGUUGA